AUGACGCCUGACCUACUGAACUUCAAAAAGGGAUGGAUGUCGAAACUGGACAACAGUGGAGAGUGGAAGAAGCACUGGUUUGUUUUGACUGAUGCAGGACUCAAGUAUUAUAGAGACUCCACUGCAGAGGAGAAAGAUGACUUGGACGGAGAGAUCGACCUCAAAUCAUGCACCAAAGUCUCAGAGCUGAAUGUGGAGAAAAACUAUGGUUUUCAGAUUCAUACGCGAGAGGCGGUGUUCACGCUGUCGGCCAUGACAGCUGGUAUCAGAAGGAACUGGAUAGAGGUCUUAAAGAAAUGUGUCCAACCCAGCAGCUCACCAGACCUUACCCAAUUGCCAGAUGGCCACAGCGACAAAGAGAACUCCCAUGUCCGCUUUUCUCGUCAGUCAUCAGAACAUUCAUCCCACACAUCCCAGCGGAGGUUUGACUAUGUUGAGCUAUCACCUGUCCCAAACUACUCUCCCCCGCCGUCCAACCAGAGGGAAGCUGGUGAGGGCCAGGGCCGCGAGCAGAGCCAAUGGCAGGAGGAGAAAAAUACAAGCAGCCAAUGGGAAGCGCUACUUUCCAGAAGGACUCCUGGUGGAGGAGUGAACCACAGACUUCACAAAGAGGAGGACAUAGAAAGAAAAUGGGCAGAGUUUGAGCGUCUGCCGCUAAAAGACAUGAGCUCUUUGAAAGCAAUGGGAUCACGGCCUUCUAGCCAGUCAGCCAAUGAGGCGCUGCAGAGGGAGGUGGCGUCACUGAGGCAGCAGCUGGGCAGUCUACAGGGGGGAGGGAAUGGUGGGGGAGGGCAGGGGAAGAGCUGUGGUCCUGAGGCUCCGUGUGGCCGCAGCCUGUCUGCGAUGGAGCGGGCUCAUCGACAGGCCCUGGACGAACUGACGAGGCAACACGAGAGGCAAAUCGGAGAGAUGCAGUUGGAGAAGGACAGACUUCUGCUGGAGGAGACCCAGGCCACGGCACAAGUUAUUAAGACUUUGAAAAAGAACCACAAAGAAGAGGUGGAGAGGGAGGUAGAGAGGGUCAAGAGACUAAACUGUGCUGCCAACUCUCAGACGCUACAAGCACAACUUGAGGUAGAAUUGCAGGCCUUGCAGAGAGAGUUGGCCGGUCUGUCAGAGCGCUACUCACAAAAGUGUCUGGAGCUAAACCGAACUGAGCAGGACAAUGCUCAGAGAGAAAGGGAAAUCAGUCGCAAGGAACAAGACAUGAAACAGUUGAGAAAAGAGAACCAGGACUUAAAAAGCCGGAUAGCUGAGGAGAUUAGUCGAGCACAAACCACUGUUACACAGCGGAGCUCAGAGGACACCAGUAGGACGUCGUGUGAACUAGAGGUUCUUCUCAGAGUGAAGGAAAGUGAGAUUGAAUACUUGCAUAAAGAGAUCAGCUGUCUAAGAAACGAAGUGCAGUUUCUCAAUACGGAGAAACAUCUGGCAUGUGAGCGAUACUCAGAAAUGCAAGAGGAGUUCAAUGGGCUGAAGGGUCGAAAUGAGCGAGAGGUUCAGGGUCUGAGGGAGCACCUCCGGCUCACAAUGGCUGCCCUUCAGGAGGGACAAAGAUAUCCCCAGGCCUUUUACUGCGGAGCCAAGAAAGGGAGUAAAGCCGAGAGCAUCACUGUGGUGCACUACGCUCACCACGGAUCGGCUAAAACAGUGGCACUACUCUGUAAACUGCUCUCCUCCGGAAACACUGGCUGGACUGUGAUGGCGUCGACAGCCGCGACCCGAGCGGCCGCCGCGGCCAAAGUAGUCAAACCGAUCUUCAGCCGGGACCUGGACGAGGCCAAGCGCAGGGUCCGUGAGCUGUACCGGGCCUGGUACCGAGAGGUCCCGAACACAGUGGCCAUUUAUCAGUUGGAUAUUACAACACGGCAAGGAAGAGACAAAGUGAGGGAGCUCUUCCACAAAAACAAACAUGUGACCGACCCUCGUGUAAUCGACAUGCUGGUGAUUAAGGGUAAAAUGGAGCUUCAGGAAACCAUUCACGUUUGGAAACAGAAAACUCACAUCAUGCGCUUCUUCAGGGAGUCUGAGGAGCCACGGCCCACUGACUUUCUGUCCAAAUUCUACAAGGGACAUGAUCCAUGA